UCAUCUGUACCACCAUGGCCCCAGCGUUGACCAUCCCUGAGCCUCUGCCCGACAACGCGAACAUCAAGCAUGAGGAUACCCCGUCGGUGAGGGCUACUGCUAUUCUGCAUAGGACGCCCUGGAGGCCUCCUGUAGCGGUCGCUGCCGACGGACUGUAUGUCACCCUGGAAGAUGGUAGGACAGUCCUGGACGCGGUGGGAGGCGCGGCAGUUGCGUGCAUUGGGAAUGGCCAUCCUGAGGUCAAGAAAGCUCUGAAAGAGCAGGUCGACAAGAUGUCCUAUGUGUACAACAUGCAGCUAUCGAAUGAACCGGCUGAGGCAUUGGCAAGAUUCUUGAUCGAUUCUGGCAAGGGAGCGUUCGAACUCUGCGGAUUUGUUUCUGGAGGUUCCGAGGCCAUGGAAGGCGCCAUCAAAUUGGCCCAGCAAUAUUUCUACGAGACAAAGCAACCGAAGCGGAAGAACUUCAUCGGUCGGCACUUGUCUUUCCACGGGAACACGGUCACGACUUUGUCUCUUGGGUACCACCCCACGCGUAGGGCACCAUACGACGCCAUAAUAAACCACGAGAGAUUCCACCAUGUUUCUCCGGCAUAUGCGAAACGGUUUCAGAAGCCUGACGAGACCGAGGAACAAUACGUCGAAAGACUGAGGCAAGAGCUCGAGGAUAAGUUCCUUGAGCUGGGCCCGGACACCGUAGUUGCAUUUGCUGCAGAGACGGUAGUUGGGGCUACCACUGGGGUUGUACCUGCGCCGAAAGGCUACUUCAAAGCGAUGAAGUCGGUAUGCGAGAAGUACGGCGCUUUGUUUAUUCUGGAUGAAGUGAUGAGCGGCAUGGGACGAAUGGGUACCCUGCAUGGCUGGGAAAGCUUUGGUGACGGCGUCGCACCCGACAUCCAAGCGGUCGCGAAGGGACUUGGAGGAGGCUAUGCAUCUAUCGGUGCAGUCCUCAUGUCUAAGCGCGUCGCGGAUGGCUUGCGGGACAACAGUGGCUUCUGGAAACACGGCCACACAUAUCAGGCCAAUCCACUAGCAUGUGCCGCCUCCUUGGCUGUGCAAAAGGUUAUCGAGAAGGAGAACCUGCUCGAGAACUGCCGAGCUCAGGGAGAGUACCUUUCAGGUCUGCUACGGGAGCGCCUGCAGUCGCCGAACGCGCCCGCCGCCCCUUUCACGUUCGACAUCCGCGGCAGUGGCGCGUUCUGGGGCAUUGAGUUCGACUUUACCGGCCCCGAGGCUGCAAGAGUGGAUUUCCGAGGCCAUCAGUUUGCGAUGCUCGUACAGGCGAGAGCGCUUGAGAAGGGCCUCGUUGUUAUGGGCCUGACGGGCGGCGCGAACAUAGAAGGCACGAAGGGCGAUCACUGCAUUAUUUCUCCUGCAUACAACGUCACGAAAGAACAGGUCGACACGAUAGUGAACGUCUUUGUCGAGAGCGUCGAGGAGAUAUUGAAGGAAUAUUCGGUAGUCAAGGCCGCAAAACAGAAGGAGAAAGAGAAGGGUAAGGAACGCGAUUCUACCGAGCAGUCGUCUUCCUCUGCAGCUACAUCCGACGUCUCGCGGCCGACGCGCGCUAGUAAUAGUGCUUCCGUACUGAAGCGUGCCCGAGAACGCAGCACCGGCAAGGGAAAAGCGAAAGAGUCCGCUGACGAAGCGUCCGCGCGCGCAAACAAGAAGGCUCGUCGUGCCACGUUCCCAACUGCAAACCCAGGAGUAACUAUCAACGAACCCGAGCGGGAUACCAAGGGAAAGAAGCGCGCAGCACCUGAAGGUAAUUUUGAGGAGGAACCCUCCACCGCGACCGCGUCUGCGCCGAGCAAACGUCUCCGAGCCACUAGCGCAUACUCCUUACGAUCUAGAGCCGAUUCCAGCACUUCAUCCCCCGUCGAAAUGCCCAAGAAGAUGAGCCGAUCUCUCACCGCAAAGGGAAAGGCACCCACAAAGUCGAAAGCUAUGGCCGUAGCAAGCUCCUCGCGUGCGGAGGACGAGGAUGUGGAGAUGAUGAGUGCAGAGCUCAAGCGAGAGAACUCUGAGUACGAUGACCAUAUGCAGGAAGACCAUGAAGAGGACGACGAACACCAGGAGAGUGGUGACGACCACUGCGAACCGGAUGUAGAAGAGCCUGGUGGAGAAGACGAUGAAGGCGAGCUCCCGAGAGACGAUAGCCGUGGCCCAGGAGGUCUGGACGAGUCCGCGGCAAUGGCGAUCUUUGGCGACUUCAGAGGUUUCGGCUCGUACAUGAUGGGCUUAUCCUCACGGCUAAAGACCAUGCUGAACAACAUCAAGAUGACUGCUGAUCCCACCACGCGUCUCGUAACCUUGCAGGAACUCAGCGAGCUUCUCAGUAUCAGCACAGAAGAUACUCUGGCUGGCUCAUUCCAGGUGGAACAGUACGUGGCUGCCCUGGUUAGGAUUCUAGGUGGCUCUGGCAACGAUGAAGACGAUGAGGAUGGGAAUGAAGACAGGGACGACCAGGAUGAAGACGCCGCGCUCGCAGCUGCCCUAGCUAUGAGCACUGGGGGCUCGACUUUCCAAGGCGAUGAGAAUCUGGAGGCCCAAGUGCUGGCAUGCCGAUGCCUGGCGAAUCUGAUGGAAGCCUUACCUGGUGUCGCUCACACUGUCGUUUACCACGGGGCAAUACCUGUGCUCUGUAGCAAGUUGAUCGAGAUAUCUUACAUCGACCUGGCCGAGCAGACGUUGAGUACUCUGGAGAAGAUAUCGGAGGAAUUUCCCAGUUCAAUCGUUCGCGAGGGUGGUCUGGCUGCACUUCUGAACUAUCUUGACUUCUUUUCAAUUGCCGUCCAGCGGACCGCUUUGCAAGCUGCAUCCAACUGCUGUCGGAAUAUUUCACCCGAACACUUCCCUAUGAUCCGCGGUGUUUGGCCCAUCAUACGAAACUGCUUGUCGUACUCCGACCAGCGUCUAGUCGAGUUCGCCUGUCUCUGCGUCAUCCGCGUCAUCGACUCGUACUACCGUUCUUUCCCAGAGAAUCUCGAGGCACUCGUCGACACUGAACUCAUCAAAGCUGUCAACCUGUUACUGUUGCCUGCUGGUGGAUCUCCCUUGAUCGCACCAAACACGUUCACGCUCUUGCUUCGCGCUUUGGCAACCUCGGCUCGAUCAAGUCCCAAGAUCGCUGUAGCUUUACUGGAAGCCGACAUCGUAGAUACGUUGUAUCAGAUAUUGACUGGCGUACUCCCCUCGACACAUCAGAGUGAUGAACAGGGGAACGCAAGCAGUGGACAGGGUCUUGGCGGAGGCGUCGCAGACAUGACAGUUAUGCAAAACCUUGCUCACAGGCCGAAGGAGCAGGUCGAGGAAGCACUCAGUCUCGUGUCGGAAUUGAUGCCGCCCUUACCCAAAGACGGUGUCUUUGACCACAAAGGAUAUACAGAGAAGUCGUUGGCUAGGAUGGUAAAGGCGAAAGCUAAGGCCGAACGAGCGGCAGCUCGUCAGCAAGCACAAGCAACGCUGAACGCUAUUGUCGGUUUAUCCACUCCGAGCGGAUCGGGCCCUGUCACGCCGGCAGCCGAGGACCAUCCAGCGGGGGAUGCAACCCCGAUGGACGUUCAGGAUGGUGAGGAUGGUGGAAGUGCGGCACCUCCAGCCAAGGAACCUGUUCCCGACCGGACGGAGCUGUUACGCUCCAAACCUGUUGUUGUUGGACGUUUCAUGGAGCUGAUUGUUCCCGUCCUUGUCGACAUCUACGCUGCGAGUGUCAGCCCGUCUGUCCGAAUCAAGACGUUGACUGGCUUACUCAAAGCUGUCAGCUUCCUUGACGAGACCGAGCUGAGGGCUGUCCUGACGUCCGUCCCAAUAGCCAGCUUCUCCUCAUCAGUGCUCUCUGCCAGGGAUCACCCGACGCUUGUGAUCGCGGCCUUGCAACUGAUCGAGUUGCUUCUGGUCAAGCUCCCCGGAGAGUAUCGGCCGGCCUUCAGAAGGGAGGGUGUCUUCCACGAAAUUGAGGCUCUGGCCUCCCGUAAUUUGAUUUCGCCGGCGAAGUCAAAGGAUAAGGACAAAGACAAGGAGAAGGAAGUAUCUGAUACCCCCUUGGUCGAUGCUCCAGCGCCUCCGCCGAUGCAUAUGCCCGCUGCUCUCGUCUCUUCCAUCCCUGGUUAUAAGAAGCUAUCGUCGCUUUCUCUCGACCCUGAAGAUGCUAUCACGCUGCGGGCUCGGGUUUUACGCUUCAAGUACCUGAGCUCGGGCGCAGACGAAGCGGGUGAUAACGUCCUUGCUAACCUUCGUCGUUUCGUGGCUCGUUUGUCAAGUAGCGACGCUUCGGAGACCGAACUCACCACCAUCCUUGAGGAGCUUGCGCAUCUAUUCAUUUCGCCCAAGUCAUCUGUAUCUAGCUUUGAACUACUUCAAAGCGGGGUAGUUGAUGGCUUGCUAGCUUUUGCGACAGAGGAAGGUCGAAGUGUGAGCACCUCGCGGCGCCGUGAGCUGCUGUUCAGGGCGUUCUCUCUAUCGGAUAGCAAAGCUGCGUCUUCUACGUCCGCACCGCUCACCGUGCUGGUGAAGAAGCUGCAGGAAUGCCUUACGCGGAUGGAGCCCUUUGAAGUCACUACUGUUUCUCAGGGUAUCGAUGAUUCGAAACGUAGUUCCCCGUCCCUCCUGGCUCGGCAAUUACGUCUGCGUCUGGUGGCUGCGGAAGACUCAGAUAUUCCUCGGAACCUCAAUAACAUUGUAGUUUCAAUCCACGCAAUAGCUACAUUCCAGGCUCUGCACGAUUACCUUCGGCCUCGUGUUGCCGGCAUUAUGGGAGGCGGGUCUCGAUUGUCAGGGAUGCUUGCUGCUUUAGCUGCCUCUGGUCUUUCGCCUGGUUUCGCUGGCCGGUCGCUCGCGGCCGAGCCCAGGGCUCCUCGGCUCCCAGAAGCAUCGUCCACACGUGAUCCUGCCCCUGCUUCGUCUUCGACGGACCAAGCGUCCGCUGAAGCUGCCGUAGGUCGUCGGCGAAGCUUGCGUCUUAGUGCUAAGAAGCAGGGCGCCGCUGCCGCGGCUGAGAGUGGCGCGGCGGAUGCUGUGUCGGACUCAGGCGCUGCAGAAUCGACGGCGCCCUCAGAGCCUCCCGUAUCACAAGCGUCUGCGACUGCAGCGUCUUCUGCGGGGGAGCCAGCUCCUAGUGAGACGCUUGUAAAUGAGGAGGAUGAGUUUGCUGCAGACUUUACUGAUGACGAGGUUGACGCCGAAGUCUUUGACGAGGAGAUGGACGAGGAGCACACAGUCUCCGAAGAGAAGACUGUCACCCUCUCUGUUUCAGGGGAUGGUUCCAAGGUAGAGGCGCAAACCCCAGAAGGCACCCGGAUAGCUACGCCCAACCCAGCCAAGGAGCCUAUUCCAACAUCUGUUUCAAGAGGAGCUCCGAGUACCAGGUCAUAUGCUGCUGCACUGAAGACUAAACCCACCGACUGGCACUUGGAGUUCUCAAUGGAUGAUCACCCUCUCCCGUUGGACCUCACUAUCUACGGUGCGAUCCAUCAACAUGAGGUGCGUAAGAAAUCAGGGCCGGCCGUCCCACCCAGUCUUGUAUGGCAAGGCAUAUACACUGUGAAGUUCAAGAAAGUCCCUGGACCUUUACCCUCGAAUGAAUCUCGAGGCGACGGUGAUCUGUCGUCGAAGAGUCGCUCGUCAAGUCCAACUCUCUCUUCGCUUCCUGAGGAUGCACCCCAUACCAACAUUCUGAGGCUUCUGCGCGUGCUACAUCAGCUAAAUGCUUCCGAAGCUGAGCGAUCCAGAUACGACGGGCCCAGGCGCUCCCUCCCUGAAUCGUCUUUCGUCAACAACAAGCUGACAGCAAAAUUGACUCGUCAACUAGAGGAGCCCAUGAUCGUGGCUAGUUCAUGCUUACCUGACUGGGCGCUGGACCUCCCUGUGCAUUUCCCUUUCCUUUUCCCCUUCGCCACUCGUUACAAUUUCUUGCAGUCGACAUCGUUCGGUUACGCGCGUCUUAUUCUGAAAUGGCAAACCCAACAGAGUCGCGGCCAGGACAGCUCUAGGCGAGACGAUAGCAUCGCUUUCUUAGGACGGCUACAGCGUCAGAAAGUCAGGAUCUCCCGCAAACAUAUCUUGGAGUCUGCGGUCAAAGUUUUCGAGCUUUACGGGUCCUCUUCUUCCAUCCUAGAAGUCGAAUACUUUGAGGAAGUUGGCACGGGUCUCGGACCGACUCUAGAGUUCUACUCGCUCGUGUCUAAGGAGUUUGCAAGGCGAGACCUAAAAAUAUGGCGUGAUGAGGACCCAACAAACCCUGGCGUUUAUGUUCACCACCCCAGUGGAUUAUUCCCUGCUCCCAUCAGCUCAGACGAUAUCGCAAACGAUGGAGGACAGAAACGUACCCACAUCUUCCGCGUGAUUGGGCAGUUUGUAGCCAAGGCUAUGUUAGACUCUCGGAUCAUAGACUUGUCGUUCAACAAGAUCUUUGUUAAGCUCGUGCUCGGAGAGCAUGUUCCGCUGACCGUUGAAUCAUUGAAGCACGUUGACGUUGAAUUGGCCCAGUCAUUGAUCAAACUACGUAGUUUAGCAUCGUCAGCCGGAAGCAAGCAGAAACUCGUUCAGGAAUCUGUGAGCGUAGAAGACCUCGCUCUUGACUUCACGGUUCCCGGUUAUGACAUCGAGUUGCGACCUGGUGGCAGGGAGAUUCCUGUUACCUCUGACAAUGUGGAGGAUUACAUCGAGGCCGUCAUUGAUGCUAUCAUCGGUAAAGGCGUCCAGCGCCAAGCUAAAGCCCUGCGAGAUGGAUUUUCGAAGGUGUUCCCCAUAUCCGAUUUGCAGGCCUUCUCUGCCGACGAAUUGGUGAUGCUCUUUGGAAACUCCGAUGAGGACUGGAGUAUCGAAACUUUGAGUGAGGCGCUGAAGGCUGAUCAUGGCUUCAACGUCGAGAGUCGGGCUAUCCGCAAUCUACUCGAGAUCAUGUCAGAGUUCGAUGCCCCAAGUCGUCGAGAAUACCUCCAGUUCAUCACUGGUAGUCCAAAGCUACCCAUAGGUGGAUUCCGCGGUCUCAAUCCUCCGCUUACCGUAGUGAGGAAGCCGCACGAAGCUCCACUGACGGCCGACGACUAUCUGCCGAGUGUUAUGACUUGCGUAAAUUAUCUCAAGUUGCCCGACUACACGACCAAGGCUAUCAUGCGGGAGAAGCUGCUUAUUGCUAUGAGAGAGGGUGUGGGGAGUUUCCACCUAUCAUAGUAGAUUCAAGACAUGCCUUAUGUACGGUAUUUUUGUUCUCUUUCUUGUACACCUAUCGCAUUCGUUACGCCAUCGCAUUCCUCCAUGUGCUUCUAUCGUCAUGUUUAUUAGAGUGCAUCUUACAUAGGCAAUCAUUCACAAGGACUUUGCAUAUCUUGACAAACUCGAUUUGUUGAGCGUCA